AAUUACCGAAGCUUUUAUUGUGUGAUCUCGCGGCCACUUCUCUUUCUCUCUACGUGUUACACACGUUCUCUCUUAAAAUCAUCUAUUUUUCAUCUCACACAAUUAUUCAAGUGCUGGACUUACGGAAAAGUUCAGAAAACGAGAGAAUAAAUCAAAAAAUCGGCUGCGGAAACAUCAUGGGACAUCCACCACGGCUCUUAAGGGCCAUAUUAAUCUUUGGUUUUGUCCUAUUAUCCCUUAGUUCGGCAUCUGCUAAAAAAUGCAAUCUCGGUUGUCACGGUGGACAAUAUCCAAAAGCAUAUCAAGAAGGACAUACCUAUAUAUAUCGUCUUGAAGGAACAUCUGUAACAUCUGUCACCGAUGCAAAAGGCGACAGUUCUCUCAAUUUGAAAGCCAUCGUUGAAGUUACUGCUAAACCUGAUUGUGUUUUACAAUUAAAACUUAAAGACGUUCUUUUGAAUGAUGCUGCAGCAUCUUUGCCAGAUCUUCAAAAGCACGCCAUUCAGUUCAAUUACCAUCAUGGUCACAUUGAUUCUGAUAUUUGUGCUGAACCAGAUGAUUCACAAACAUCAUUGAACAUCAAGAGAGCCGUAGUAUCUUUGUUCCAAUCAGCUAUUCAACUUGAAUCCGGUUCAAGUGUUCAUCAUGAGACCGAUAUAUUUGGCAGUUGUCCCACUGACUUCACUUUCCAAAGAGAAGGUGAUUCAUUGCUCGUACAAAAACACAAAGAUCUUUCGCAAUGUUCAUAUCGCGAAAAUAUUAGACAAGGAUUGAUAACGUCAGUAUUCGACAAAUCGGCUGGCAUCAAAUCAACGCCAUUGUUAGCAUCUCAACAAAAAAUUGAACAACGUUUUAAACAGGGUAUCUUAAACAAAGCAUCGUCCACAGAAACGUACAAAUUCCAACCAUUUAGUAACGGUAAUGCUGGAGCAAAAACUGUAGUUGAGACAACUUUAACAUUUAAAGGAGAGAAAGGUGACAAUCCAUCAGCACCAGUAUCCAUUCCUAAGUCAAUAAUUUUCGAAGCACCACAUCCGGUAGUUAAAUCGUCAGUAGAUGCAAUUAGCAAUGCUUUGAAAGCCGUAUCGGAGGAAAAGGGUGAAGUUGUUAGUGAAAAGGCAGCCGAGAAAUUUGCCAAACUUGUCAAAGUACUUCGUGUGAGCAACAAGAAGGACAUACUUACGGUAUAUCAAAAGGUUAAUGCUGGUGGUGCAGGCUUUAACAAAGUUACCGAUAAGAAAAUAUUGUUGGAUGCAUUAUUCCGUACCGGUAGUGGGGAGGCAGCAGAAGUGGCCGUGGAACUUGUAAAAACUCAUCAAUUAACUAAUGUGCAAAACUUUGUCUUCUAUACCAGUCUCCCGUUGAUAAGACACGUCAAUCUUCCAGCAAUAACAGCUGUAACGUCACUUUUGAAUCAACCCAAUUUACCACGAAUUGGUUAUCUUGGUAUUGGACAUACGAUUGGCAAAUAUUGUCAAGAACAUUCAUGUGAAAAUGUUUCUGUAGUAAAAGACGCUAUACACAAGAUUCGUGAGAAAGUAGGAAAUGGUAGGACCAAAAAUAGAGCUCAAGAGAAUCAAAUAAUUUCUAACUUAAAGGCACUAGGAAAUUCAAAAUACAUGGAUGAUGCUACCUUACAAAAAUUAUCAAACAUCGUUGCUGACAAACAAGUGCGUAAUCGUGUACGUGUUGCAGCUAUUGAAGCAUUGUCAAAUACUUGCUCAAUGAAAUGGAAGAGUCAAGUUAUGAAUGUAUUGAGUGAUCAUGAUGAAGACAGUGAGAUUAGAAUAAAGAUAUAUUUAGCUUUGGUCAAUUGCGCAUGUCCACAGGUUGCUACCAAAAUAGAAGAAAUAUUAAACAAGGAAACGGUCAAUCAAGUUGGAUCAUUCAUAACCAGUCAUCUUCGUAAUUUAAGAGCAUCGACUGAUCCUAACAAGGAAGCUGCUAAAAAAUUAUUGGGUCAUAUCAAACCACGCAUCAAAUUCCCAGAAGAUUUUCGUAAAUUCUCUUUCAACAAUGAAGUAUCUUAUAAUAUGGACGCGUUAGGUAUCGGUUCCUCAGCUGAAAGUAACGUAAUUUACAGUCAAAAUAGUUAUAUACCACGUUCAACUAGUUUGAAUCUAACCGCUGAAGUAUUUGGACAAUCCUUCAAUUUCCUCGAACUCGAUACGCGCGUAGAAAAUCUUGACAGAAUUAUAGAACAUUACUUUGGACCUAAAGGUGAAUUCAGCGAAGAAUCCCUCGAUUUGAAGACAGCCAAGGAAACUGUUGAAGAGGUUGACGAAAUAAAAAAAUACGUCUAUCAACGUUUUGAAAAAUUGAAACGUAAUAAGCGUGAAGUUAAACAAGGAGAAUUAGACAAAUUUGCAAAAAAUGUACAAUUACGUAAUACCGAAGUAGAUGAAGAUCUUAACGUUGACUUGUCCGUGAAAUUAUUUGGCGUAGAACUCGCAUACUUGAGUUAUCAGGACAAUCCACAAACAUUGACAACGAAGAAUUUAAUCGACAAGAUUUUUGAAAAUUUCGAAACAGGAUUUGAUCUUGUUAAAGACUUCGAUUAUAACUUCCAAAAUCAUCUUCAGUUCUUAGACGCUGAACUGAUCUAUCCAACUGGUUUAGGUAUACCAUUGUCAUUGGGUGUAACAGGAACAAGUGUUGUUAACAUGAAAGCUAAAGGAAAAUUAGAUAUGGCAACUAUUUUGCAUGACCCAGAUAACGCGGCUGUAAGAAUUUCUCUGGAACCAAGUGCAUCAAUCAGAAUCACCGGUAGCAUGAUGCUCGAGGCAUUAGACAGAAAUUCUGGUGUGGUUAUUGCUGCUACCCUAGUUACCGAUACAGCUUCUGACGUGUCCAUCAAAGUGAUCGACGGUACUGGGUUUGAGGUUAGCUUUGGUGUCCCUAAGAAGAACCAACAGCUAAUAUCCGUAUCUAGCGAUGUAUUAUUUACGUCUGGACCAAAGGGUGAAAAUCUGAAAUCCCUUGAAUUUGACAAAGGCAAAGAAUAUGAAGAUUGUUUCGAACAAUUAUCAACUAUUUUGGGUUUGACCGUAUGUGGAAGUAUUCAGCUCCCAUACAACGAUCUUGAAUCGAUUAAAACUAAACCAUUCUUCCCGUUAAGUGGACCAACUAAAUUUUCCAUUAACAUUAAAAGCGAUGAUGUUAAAAAUUAUUAUUUUAAACUUUAUUACAACACAAAGGUACCUAAUGCACGUGCAUUGGAAAUUUUGUUCGAUACACCCAACAGUAAAGUGAGCAGACGUCUUUCUUUGUUGGUAGAAGGUAGUCUAGAACCGGAAAAAUAUUUCAAGGUAGAUCUCUAUUCACCUAUCAAAAAGGCUUCAGCUUUAGUUGUCCUCAAAAAUAAACCCGAAGAAAAAACAUUAUCGAUUCAAGCUCAACACGAUGUUAACGAUUAUUUCUUCCGUGUUGGAAUCAUUUCAAAUGGCAACAAAUACAAGCCUAUAUUAGAAUACAAAGUACCGGAACAUAUCGAAAAAUUAUCAUCUACGAAGUUGGCGGUUAAGGGUGGAAACGGCGGUCAAUUAUACAAAAUCGAUGGUGCUGUAAGUGUUGACAACUAUGAAGAUGGUAAAAAGUACACGUUUGAUAAAGUAGUCGUUAUUGGUGGUAACAAAAAGAUUGUUUCACUCGAUGGAUUUGCUAUUUCCACAACUAACAAGGCUACAUUUGACGUAAAACUUGGUUACGGUGAUGAGAAUUUAGCUUUAAAAUUGGACAGUGCUAGAUUAGGUGAGAGAAAUUACGUGGUAGAAUUAUCAGCUGUACCAUCGAAAGAUCCAAAUAUUGGAUUCAAUGCAAAAUGGGAAUACAAUAGACAACCAAAGAAACUUGAUCAUAAAUUUGUUUUCAUUCACGGUGCUGAUCCAAAUUCUCAAACCAAUCGUUUUACUUUGGAACAACAUUUAGAUUACAAUCUCAUUGCAAAUGAUUUUCUAUUAUCCGGAUCGACUAAACUGGCGUAUCCCGCUGUAAAUGGACUUUUAGAAUUGGAAGGAAAAGUAACUAACAAAAUAUUAGAAGGUGAACUCGAUAUAAAAUAUGAAAAAUUAAAAUUGGGUACAGAAUUGUCAUUAAAAACCGAUAUGGUUAAAUCAGGCGAUUACGAUUUUGAAUUAGAAGUUGAACUUAUGCAAAAUAAAAUCGAAUUGAAAUCAAAACGUACGAUCAUUGAGACCAAUAAAAAAAGCAAGUACCAGAAUUCUAUCGAAUUAUCACCAGGUGGUAAAUAUGAAGCCAAUGGUGAAAUAACACACGAAAUAAAUAGAAAUCUUGUUAUUUUACAAUUGAACGGUGAUGUCAAUCUAAAUGGUAAAGUUGUUACAAUUGAUAUGGCACUUGACGCUAAACCGGAGGAUUUUAAUUCUCAUGCAAUCAUUGCAAUUGCUGGAAACAAAUAUUUAGACUUCUAUUUGAAAAAUCACGUUGGUGUAAAUCCCAAUGGAAAAUUGAAUUUGAACGUAAAGAAUUAUUUGAUCGUCGUUGGACAAUAUAAUUAUAAUAAUGGCAAAGGAAAUGGACAAAUUACGAUCGAUGUUCCUAAAUACAAUCGUAAGAUCAAAGCUCUUGGUGAUUUAACCGUAUCCGGUACAAAACAUGUAGGAAACGUUGAAUUGUUGUACGAUGCAGACAAAGAUCCAAAUAAACGGAUUAAAUUAUCAUCGGUUUCUGACAUAACUGAGACAUCGGUUGACACUAAAAAUAUCUUGGAAAUUCUUACGUAUAAAUUAGAAUUAAAUGUAAAAGGUAAUUUGAAAGGAACAAUACAUAAUGGUGAAUUAACGAUCAAUGCAGAUACCACUUUACCAAAUGGACGACAUAUUGUUUUGUCUGGAAAACGAGUAUCCGCCAAUAAAGAUAACAAAUAUGAUAUCAAUGUGGAAUCUGAAGUUACAGAUUACGUUAAAAAAGGUGACAAGUCACAAAAAAUGAAGUAUAUUAUAGAUCUGAAAGAUUUCAACGUGGAUAAAAUGACUUUCAUGUGGAAAUUACAUUCGAAUUACGUUGGUUUUGAAGGACGUGAUUUGGUAUCCGAUAUAGUCCUUAAUCAUCUCGAAGAUGAUUCGAAAAAAACCGUAGAACUUGAUUUGAAACAUUCGGGAUCGUAUCUGCAUAAACCAUUUGCUUUUGGAAUAAAAAGCGAUUGCAAUAAAAAUGGCGGCGGAGCGUUUGAUGUCAAAUCAUCUCUUGGAAAUGUAUUCGAUCUUACGGCUAAUGUUAAUUACCAUGUUGGUAACAAUGUAAACACACCUUACAAAUACGACCUUAAAGGUGAAGUUAAACUGCCAUUUGAAAAACUGCAAAAUCUCAAAUUACACUUAUCUGAAAGUUUGUUAUUAAAUCUUGGAGAAAAUAAUCUUGUUGAGUAUUCAAAUAAUUACGAUAUUACUUAUAACAAUGAUAAAAAUAUUAAGAUGGAAAGUCAAAUGAAAUACAAGGGUAAUAGUAAAAACAAUGAAGGUGGUGGAAAGAUUAGUUUGACUGUUCUUCAAUAUCCAACAUUAACUAUUGAAAAUACAUUCAAUAACGCAGAAUCAGAAAAUAUACAGAAAGGUUCUUUAUCGAUGAAAUUGAAUUAUGGUGACAAGGGUGGAACUUUGACAAUUAAUGACGCUUGUGCUUACGAUUUAUCAAUGAUCGAACUCAAGGCCAAAGCUACGACGACUCUAGACAAAUUAAAAAAUAUCGAUUUCCAACUUAGCCAUCAGGCAAAACCAGAAAAGAAUAAUAGACAAACUGAAGCCACCUUGCAAUUGGAUGAUUCAAAAUAUACAUUGAAUACUGAAAUUCAAGAACUUAGAACUGCACCAUUGAUUCACAUUACCUUCACAUGUCCAAGCGGCGUGACAGAAUUAUUAUCCAAAUUCCAGAAACUCGGUGACAGCGAUUACACAGGUGAAUGGAAGAUUGAAACACCGGUAGGAUUUGUUAUGGCUGAUGCACGAGUCAACUUAGAAAGUAUUGAUAAUUUCUUAAUUAAUAUCAACCUGGACAGUGAUAAAUUAAAAGAACGUAAAAUUCAUGCUGAGAUAGCUAACAAACCUACUGCUAAAGCUGGGAAAAGGAUUAUCAUCACUGUAACCAGUGAUGGCAAAAAUUUGGUAACUGGAAGUACAAAUUACAAAAAACGUGAAGAAGGAGGCAAACUAAUUGUAGAAGGUAACGGUAGCUUGAAAAUCGGUGACAAUGUUAGAAGCUCAUCAUUUAAAUAUACUCAUCAACAAUUGACACAUGAUCAUGAUGGUGAAACUGGCGUGGCUAUGGUUCUUAAUGCUAAUUUCGGACCAUCAGCAAUAGUUGGUGAAAUUAAGCUAACAAAUAAAGAAUUACAUGUAUUCAAUAGUUAUUGUGAACAAAAUAAGGACUGUGCACACUUCAAACUUCAAUCAACUUUGGAUACAGACAAAAAAACUUAUCUGAAACAACAACAAACGGUGGAAUUCGAUUUGAGAAAGUUCAAUAUACCUGCCGAAUUUGGAUUACAAAUUAACACUCAAUAUUUGAAUGAUAUGUUUGAUCAUACAGCUAGUUUAUACAUGCAUUCGACUAAAGAUAAAUCACAAUACACUUAUCAACUUUAUGUUCAUCCAAAGGAAGCUGCUGCUAUUUUAACUUUACCAACUCGUGAGCUGGCACUUAUUGCAACAUUGGAUCUUCCGAAAAAUAAACCAACUGGAUCUUACAAAUUUGUACUUUCAUCGUUCUUAGAUAGAAAGAAUAGUCCAUUAGAAAAAACAAGUUUAUCAAUUAACGGUGAUGUUAACGCUGACAAAUCUAGUUUAUCCAUCAAUGGUGAAGCCAAACUUACCUAUCCAUCACAGACAAAGGACAUGUUGAUAAAAGGUAAAUUACAUAGCAACGAUCAAAAUCUAUUGGAUGCUAGUGUCGACAUUGAUGUAUUCGCAAAAAAAUCGCAAAAAGUUAAUUUAAUUGCUAAAAUAGUACGAUUACCAAUUGAAAAAGGCUAUAAUGUAACUGGAUUAAUUGAAGUAAUUAGCAAAGGUCAACAACUGAAGAUCGAACAUAAAACACAUUUGGUUUUGUCAAUGAAUGAAAUAGGAGCUGGUUCUAUAUUAUCGUACACCGAUAUAAAUCAAAAACCAAGAAGUACCAUACAAUUAUUCUCUGCUAAUGAAAAUGAAGCACAUCUAUUGAUAACUCUUCCCAGUAGAGAGAUCAUUAGAUCUGAUGUUAAAAUGGAAUAUUCGAAAAAUUUACAAAAAAUGGAUAUGGAAACGAAGGUCCUUGACAAAAAGCAUUACAUUGGUAGCAUUGAAAUUAACGAUUUAAACAACUUCAAAUUUGUAAAUUACGAAAAGGGCAACCCUAACGACAAAUUGACUGCUAAUGGUCGUGUUGUAUUAGGAGAACUUGCGGAAGUUCAUUCGAAUUUCUAUAAAAAUGGUGAAAAGAAAAAUUUGUUCCACGUUUUAGUACACCUUGAUGAAAACAAAUUUUUGAGACCCGAUUUUGGAUAUGAGAAAGAUAAUAUUGAAUACAUAGCGGAUUACAUUAGAAAGGUCAUUGUUGAUACAGCGCAACAAGUGAAAACAGUUACAGCUGAUACAGGUAAAGAAAUUGUAACAGAAAUGAAGGAUCUUUUAGAACAUACCAAAAAAGCUCAACCAAAUUUGAAACCACUUUUGGAUUAUUAUUCUGGUGAAUUGAAUAAAUUUAAAAACGAACUCAAUGCUGAUCAAACUAUUCAAGAGAUUCAAGCAAAUAUAAACAAACGUUUUGGAUCAUUUAUAAAUGCUGCCAAUGAAAUUGUUAAAAAAUUUAUUGAACAAUUUAACGAACUCUCUAAACAAUACAACAUAGUUAUUUCUAAAUUGACUGAAGCAAUGGAAGCAACUUAUCCACAAAUAAAAGAAUCUUAUAAGAAAAUUUUCAACGCAGUCGUUGAAGUAUUAGAUGCAACUGCUAAAGUGGCCACGGCUUAUAUAAAAACUGUUUUAAAUGUCAUUAAUGAUCACCAAAAGGAAAUCAAAGAAUUGAUCGUUAUGGCAACAGAAGUUUUCCAAGGUGUUGCUAAAGUAUUAUUUAAAGCAGCUGAACAACUCAAAAAGGAUCUUAAUGAAUUUGCAACUUUGCUCAUCAAUCAAGCUAAAGCUUUACCUGUUUAUGAAAUUGCAAAAGAGAAAUAUAAUCAAGUGAAAAACUUCGAAGUACCGCAACAAAUAAUAAACUCUAUUGAAGAGUUUUGCAACAUGAUAAAAGCAGGAUUACCAACGGAAGAAUUAAAAAAUGUCUUCAGUUCAAUAUGCGACUAUGUAAUGAUGAUUAUCAAACGACAAAAGCCUGACAAUGCUCAACACUUGAAUAAAAUUUAUACACAAGGCAUUGCUGUACUUAAAUCUUUAAUAGAUCUAAUAGAAACACCAACAUUCUAUUAUAAUGUUAAAAACAUUUUCGACACUAAUGUACCAAUCAAUUUGGGUCUUUUAAGUAAAUUACCUGGUAUUGCCUCAUUGAAAAUUUCAGUCUUAAAUGUUUUGCGAAACGGUGAAUUACCAACACCUCUUGAUGUUUACUACACCUACAGGCCUACUUUGCAUGUAAAUGACAUCGUACCGCCAUUCAGUAAAACAGGAACUGUCAUUGAUGGAGGACACAUCUUUACAUUCGAUGGAAAUCAUUUGACAUUACCUGGAACAUGCAAUUAUAUUCUAGCACAAGACAUGCAAGAUGGUAAUUUCUCAGUUAUCGGAAACUUCCAAAAUGGAGUUUUAGUCAGUGUAACUAUUACUGAACCCAAAGAAAGUAUCACCCUAAAAAGCAAUGGAAACAUCUUGGUAAACAACAAACCCGCGGAUUAUCCUGCUAAUACAAAGAAUUUACAUGCUUUCUUGACCAAACCAUUAGUUAAUGUAAAAUCUGAUUACGGUGUAAGGGUAAUAUGUAAUGGAAAAGCACCUAUGAUUUGUACAAUACGAGUUUCUGGCUUUUACCUUGGCAAAUUACGUGGACUUCUUGGUGAUGGCAAUAAUGAACCAUAUGACGAUUUUACUUUGCCAUCUGGAAAGAUUACUCAAGACGAGAGUGAGUUUGGAAAUGCUUACAAAUUAAAAGGAGAUUGUCCAGCAGUUACUGCAGUUAAACCUGGUGCACCAACUGCAGCUUGUGCUGAAUAUUUCACCAAACCUACUUCACCAUUAAGCUCCUGCUUUAAAAUAGUUAACCCGAAAAUCUAUCGGGAUGCUUGCGAUCAAAUCGUAAAUGCUGGUACUUCUAAGGAAGGAAAAUGUUCGAUUGCAAUGGCAUAUUAUGUAGCCUGUUACGAGCACAAUGUCUUUGGCAUAAGCAUGCCUACUGAUUGCGUAAGCUGUAAAGUUGGCGCAAAUUCAUUGACCGUUGGUGAAAAAUUCAGUGUCAAGUUACCAAAGAAAGAAGCCGAUAUUAUUUUCGUAGUAGAAGAGACAGUACAAAAUGAAAAAGUUUUCAAGGAUAUGAUCGUACCACUUAUGAGUGAAUUAAGAGAAGAAUUGAAACAUCAUGGCUUAACUGACGUUCAUAUUGGUCUCGUUGGUUUUGGUGAACACUUGAACUGGCCACGUCAUUAUACAACUGACGGCAACACAAACAUCGUAGGUGAAGUAAAGAACAUUAAAUUCGAAGGAGAAAACCCAAUCAUAUCAUUACCAGAAGCUAUAAAAGGAGAUUUAACUAAAAAAUUCAAAUAUCUCGAGCAAAGAUAUGACGUUGAAUUUGGUACUUUCAAAUUAACUGAAGCUUAUGAACAAGCAAUAAAUUAUCAAUUUAGACCGGAAGCAGUUAAAGCUGUUGUUGGUGUCAUAACCAGUCCAUGUGAAAAGAGUCCUCUACUUAUUUCAUUACAGCAAUUGCGUUUACUUCUUGGACAAAAAGUGUAUCGUGAUCUGGGAUUAGAAUAUUACCACGUGUCAUUCCUAAAUGAUAUUCUUAUUUCUGGAAAACCACAGAAGAAUAUCGUUGGUUAUGAUUAUGACAGUGCUUAUACUUUCUCUGAUAGUAAAAAGAAACCUAUGGAAGGAAGUAAUGAUCUUAGAAAUAACCUUGUUUUAUCAACAAACGAUGUUUGUGCAGACUUUGCUGCAUCCUCCGGUGGAGCAGCAUUUAAUUCGAACAAUUUCUUGGAAGCUAAACCAAAUCAAAGAAAACAGUUCGUUCAAGUAGUUGCUCGAAGAAUUACCAGUGGUCUUGUGGACACUGAAAUCGAAGAGGAUUGCGUGUGCAAACUAUCUUACGGAGCAUUUGCUCGUCCACGUUGCAAAGUUGUAAACAAGAGAGAGAAGGAACCUCUGACGAGGCACACCAAGGGUGGAGUUAAGGGAUAGAUCUGUCUCGUAUAAUAGUAGAGACUAUUAUUAUUAUUAAUUAAUC